AUGUCGGGCCACGCCCGCCAGAGUUUUCGCGCAAACCCACUCACACCGUUCAGCGGUAUACCCGGGGUGGUCGAGAACUUGCGGUCGCGCGUGGACAUCAGCGUUGCGCAUGAAUUGGAAAGCAUCAAGUACAGCUUCCUCCGGCUCACGGACAACGAGAUCGUGCAGAUGGAUGUUGUCCCGCCCGACGUUCCGCGCUCGGCGAGUGCACGCAAGUGGGUGAACGACAACAUCGAGAGGAUCAUCGACGUGGCCGAUGUCCUCGGCGGAGGACUCCUCGGACUCGAGGCCGCCACAGCCGGGCACCGCUCCCACUACUCGCUCUCCCGCCAGCUCGACACCCAGGGCGGCGACAUCUUCCGCCAGCGGAUCGAGGGUAUGCGCGUGCGCUUUCCCGGCGGGACCUUCGCCGUCCGCGUCUACACCUCCUCCCCUCGGAAUCCGACUCCGCGGGCGCGCGUGAUAGGCGUCGAGCUCGCGGACGGCACGACGGACCCAUGCGACCUCGCGUCUUCGCGAUCGGGAUCACACCCCGGGACGACGUCGCGCGCGCGGCGGGGCUCGCUGACGUAG